AGAUCGUAGGUUGACAGUGCAUAUGUCUGCCAUGGACGCAGAUGACUUCGAGAAGAUGCUCGCCACAGCGAUCGACCGCCGUGAUGCGAAGCAGGUGGAGGCUCUGUUGAGUCAAGCGAAUGUAAAUGCCGAGGUUUUCCACGGUCCAGUUCUCGUGCGCAGUUUCGUCGCCGCCGCGUGCAGCGACACCUCGAUCUUUCAUCUGUUGGUGCAGGCAAAUUUCAACGUCAAUGCUGUCGACGAUGAUGGAGACACGGCGUUGAUGGUUGCCGCCCGGGGCAUCGACUCGAAAUUAUACACGGACGAAGACAUACCAGUUGGCGCUGCAUUUAGCCAAGACUGCGCGACGAACGUGAGGUUGCUAUUGGAAGCCAAAGCAGACGUAAACGUCAUCAACAAGAGCGGGGAAACGGCCUUGUUCCAGGCCGUGAAUUACGGCGGCGAUCAAGCCAUCGUCAUGGUCAAGAUGUUGCUGGAAGGGGACUUGUGCCACGUGGACGUUCAAGACGAAGACGGUUUGACUCCGUUGCAUGUUGCCGUGAAACGGGGGCAGGCGGACAUUGUGGCCCUGCUGAUAAAUCGCAAAAGCAACGUCCAUGCCAAGACCAGCGAAGGCAAGUCGCCGUUGCACUUGGCAUGCCAGUACGGUCACUUUGCCGUCGUGGAGAUUCUCGUCAAGUACCAGCCCGUGCUGAACGAACUGACUGAAGACCGCCAAACACCACUCAUUUUGGCUGCGUCGUGUGGAUCGAUGGCGAUUGUCCGCUUGCUAUUGGACCUUCAAGUGGACGUUACCAUCAAGGACAAGAGUGGCAUGACCGCGCUGCACCAGGCAGUGUACAAUGGCGUCGAGUUGGCCGUGGUCGAGGCGCUGGUGGAAGCCAAGUCAGACAUUGAAAACAUUUGUUCGGACGUGUAUUCGGCAGACCCGAUCAUCAACGACGCCGUCGCGCAAUCGGACCUGAAUGUCGUCGAGUAUUUACUGGAGCAGGGCGUGAAUAUUGAAGUGACCAACAAUGAGGGCUACACGCCUCUGAUUGUGGCGACCCAGUUCAAACGGCACGACGUGAUGGCCUUGCUGUUGGAGAAAAACGCAAAGCUCGAGGCUGCGGACAAGAACGGGUGCACUGCGUUGAUGGAGUCCAUUUUGAAAAGAGACCACAUAGGAACGGACUUGCUCGUGCUUCAUGGCGCGAGCUUGCAUUCUCGCAACAAGAAUGGGUUUUCGGCGAUUUCGCUGGCCAUGUACCACGACAUUGAGCUCGGCAAGCGACUGUAUUCGAUGCAUCAAAAGAAACUGCAGUCGCCUGCCAAGACCCCGUCCACCACCACCACUGUCAUGGCCAUGCAAAAGCAGCUCUCGUCCGACGUCGGUCGGUCGUUGCGCGUAGGAGAUCUCAUCUACUUGCACGUUGAGAACGGCAUGGUUUUGGGCUGCGACGGGUUCCUCCACACUGACCUGCACCUGACGUUUCCCACCCACGAAUGGGAAGACUACAUUUUCUGCAUCCACCCCAAGAUGUCGUACGACUAUGUCGACUUGUCUCUGGGGGUCCAUCCAUACUUUGAAACGACCGACGCGUUUUCCGAAGAAGAAAGGGAAAAGCGGCGCAACGACGAGAAAUUGACGCUCGCACUGCAGACAAAGGACCUUGUUCGCGAAUACUCGACCAUCCAGCUGUUUCAUGUCAAGUCGCAGCAGUAUUUGCGCGUGAAUCCGAUGGCCUCGACCACGCAUGCCAACGUGGAGUUGGAUCACUUGCCGUCGUGCUACUCGUGGUUUCAAUUCCACGCGGACAAACCCAGCUCGGACUUGGGCAUCAUGACCAACUCGCCCGUGACCCUGGCCAGUGCCAGCGUGUUUUCGGCCGCGCAAGCGGUGCGCAAGUCCAAGCCGGUGACGCUCUUGGCCAACCACAGCAGUACGACCAAGGUGCUGUUGGGGCUAUAUACAUCCCACGACCCGUUGGUGCUUCGCCCGUUCGUGUGGAAGAAUGGAGAGUACGCAAUUUCCGGCACUGGUACCCGUCAACUGCCCCUUCCGCGGUCGUACAGUUUGAAUUUCAAGCCCCAAGUGUCCAAGGUGAAUUCCGUGUUUCACCUUGAAAUGAGCAGCAAGUCGUCGGCGGGUGGCGUGUUGUAUCAACUGCGCCAUGUGUCGUCGCGGUUCUUGCUGGCCAUGCAAUGCCCAUGUGCCAAGCGCGACCACGUUACUGCGUCUCUUGUGAACCCCGAGUCCCUCGACACUUGGAUCGCGCACUUGAAAGUAGCGUACCACAACAACACUGUGCGCUCCGACCUUGCCCACCACGACGACGACCAUCGCGAAUAUGCGUUUCACUUUUCACAUACAUGCCCCAAAUGUUCGAGAGAAUGGUGCCUCGGCACGACCCAGAACAAGAUGGUGUGGAACCAGUCGGGCGAGUGGCUCGUGGGGGUACCGAUUUCCACCGACUUUACGAAAAAAGUGCACCACGUGUGUGCUUGGAGGGAGGCGUUCUUGACGUUUUCGCACACGGCGCUGUGCUUCUUGGACGACACCACGACAACCGAGAACAUCAUCCCCCAGAGCAUCCAUGCCGUGUUGGUGGCCAGCCAGCAAAUCCAUUCGCUCAUGGAAACGCCCGAGGUUGACGAAGUGGUCAGCUUUUUGCAGCAGAUUUGCGCCGACGUGGAAAUCCUUGAGGCCAUGUUCCUCGCCACGUCCAUCUUUCGGUCCAUGGCGUCGAUCGAAGGAGUGGACGAGUUGAUGGUCACGUUCUUUCGUGCGAUGCGGGUGCUGGUCGUGGGCAACGACUCGAGUGAGAUUUAUCUCCAAGAGCAAUUUGGCGACCGCCUGGGCCAAAUCAAGAUUUUAACCGGGUUGGACAUGGAGUUUGCGACGAAGUACGUCGAUGCGCGCAUCAUUAUGACCAACAUGAUUGCGAAAAACUCGGGGGCCGUGUCGCACCUCCUCGAAAACAUCAACGCCAGCCACAUUGUGCCUGGGAACUGGACCAUCACCGCUCAAUUCUUCAUCGCGCUGAGCUUGUCCGAACGUCCUGACUCGCUGAUUGCAAAGAAACUGUACGACCAUGAAAUGAACGUGUCUGAAACGUGGGUCUCCAAGUGGGAAACCUGUGCUAUCCACACACGCUUGGACGGUGACAGCAUUUGCGUGCGCUGGUGUGACACAAAUGAAGACGGGAGUGCCAUCCCCGGCAUGCUCCACCGAAGCGCGACGAUCGCAGCGUUCAAGUCCCAAGUCAAGAUAGAACCGAGGCACGUGACCGUCCCCCUUGAGCUCCUUGUGGACGAAUCUUCCAAACCGACGCUGCCGCCGCUCGUCGACGAAUGGAUUGCCUUGUACAUACACCAGUUGAAGCUCGUGUCGGCUCUGUGUGAAAAGAACGUCAACGUGCGCCGGUUUUUCCAGCCCAAGUUCCCCAAACACGUGUUGGUUGCUGGCAUUCGCCGCGAGUCGCUGCCGUUCGCCAUCCGGACGCUAUAUGUGGAACUGCUGCACUACUUGUACGUACCCCCCACGGGCAUGCUGGACAACAUCCAGCUGUCCAACUUGUUUCUGGCCUUGAACAUCCACGGCGCGAACCCCCUUUCGAGUCACAUGCCGGCGCUGUACAUCUUGAUCGACGCAACCAUCCACGCCGUGGUCGUCAACAACGUGUCGUACUUUGUGUUUCUGCGCAAACUGCUGAGCUUCGUCGAUAGUUUGCUCAGCGUUGGCUACUGCGGCACCAACCCGGCGUACUACAAGCAACUGUUUGAAGCGUUGUACGUCACGGGCAUGAAGUGCGACGCGGUGGUGAAAUUUGAUUCCAACGGUGACCGGUCGACGUUGGAUCCGCUGAAUUUGUCCUGCAACACGACCUACGGCGUGGCCAAUGUGGUACUGUGUCAGCGACGACUGGUGGCGUUGAUUCGCAAGGUGAUUCGAUGCUGUGUAGCGACCACAGCCCCCGGUGACCCACCCGUCGAGUUUAGCCACGGACUGGUCCAGUACUUGUCCAACUUGCUCGGUCAUAACGAUACGCUGGUGGCGCAGGAAGCGUUUGUCACGUUGUCUGAAAUCCUCCCGCGCGCGUCGUUUGCGUGGCUUCGAGCGGUGAAACCCAUGUGCGAACUGGUCAAGCCCGACGACCACAACGACAGCCUUCGCCAGAUCAUCCACGAAGCCCAAGCCGUGUUUGACUUGGAUGCUCAUACAUUUCACAGCCACGUGCAGCGUCUGCACACCAAGAUCCUCGACGAAGGGCGCAAGAAGAAGAGCAAGGCAUCGACCGACCCGCUCCAAGUUUCGAUUCACCGCGUCAAGAAAUGGAAGCGCAACGUCGCGUCCAACAACCCGACGCUGCUGCGGAUGCUGCGUAUUGCUCAAAUCCCCGAGCGCACGAUCGCGUACCUGGAAGCCGCGCUGGCCCGCGGCGUGUUUGUCGUGCCAUCGAACGACGACCUAGCGUUGGAGCUCGAGUACUACAAGACGGUCGUGUUCAAGUCGACUGCGAUCGACAACAACGCGACCAAGGGCAACUCGCACUUUCGGAUGGCCAAGGAAGAAGCGGUGAAAGAUCGCGCGACGCUGGCGCACCAUCUUUUGUCGCUGCUGCAUCAGUUUACCCCCCACCUGUCGGAAGAAUUCAGCUUGAGGCUGUUGGUGCUGGUCGUGCCGCUGGUGAACGACAACUUUGCCCUUGUCAAGGACGUGUCGUCGUUGGUGUACUCGAUGCUGUGCCAGCCCAAUGCGGUCGUGGACUCUCGAUACGCUGAUGUUUUUAAAGCGUUGCUAAAGCACGUGCAUUACAACGAGUCGGCGGGCCAAUGCGUUCUGCACAUGCUUCGCGAAUCGCAAUCGGACGAGUGGAAGAAUCAAGCCAGCUAUCAAUUGUUCUACUCGGAGUUUGACCUCAAGACGCUGCUGGUCGCGUACCCCAAGCAAGUGUUUGUGCUCGACAUAUUGUGCCUCGUGGCCGAUGGCUCCACGAACGAGCGCAUCUAUGGCCAUCUUGAAUGCAAGUCGCUGUUGUCCCUGGAGUGGAUUGUCCAGUUGAUUACCCACGCCCAAGCCACGCCCAGCCACAAACGCGUGGGGCUGGCACUCAUUAAAACCCUGUACUUGGACAGCGACCUAGAAACUGGAUGGGUCUCGACGCACUUGGACACGUUGCGCCCUGCGUUUGCCUUUUGCCGCCAAGCGCUGUCCAUGGUUGGGUCCCACAUGGAUGUAGUCGUGGACGGCGUGGUGCCGUUUCUGAAAGCAUGGGUGGCCAUGGUGACGGUUCAGUCCAAGAACCCCGUGGUCGUCGAGUUUCACCACCAACUUGAAGGCGACAUGAAGGCCAUGAUAAGCCACCUCGACCAACUCACGUCCCAGCAUCCGUUUAUGUGUGCACAUGCAAAGUACCCGCUGUCCCAUGUCGUGGAAACGUUGUCGCAGUUGACCAUGUGCACCACCAUGGCGCUGAUUGGAAACACCCGCAACGACAUGGCGGUGGCGUACGCGGUCGAGCUGAAGAAAGCGCCGCCCCAGCGCAUCUGCUACCACCCGUUUGUCCGAGGCGCUCGGGCUUUACUUGUAAACCACGCAGCCAAGUUGAUGGUGCAAGAUCCGAAUCAGUUGAGUUCUGCGCUCGUUAUCGGCGCGUUCCAACGCUUGCAGGCGACGUCCAUCCCCGACGCGACGCUGCUCGACUUGGCCAUCGUCGGCAAACACUUGAUCCAGGUGGACCUGCAGGCCUCGCAAUGGGACCAAGAUUUGAUCUCGCUGAUUCUGGCUGAACAAGACGGGUUAUCCAGCAGUGGCAAUAAGAAAGCCAACCAUUUUAACAAGUGGGCCAAGGUGACCCCUCAGCUGCACCGAUUGAAAGCGGCACUGGCGUUCCGCCCAGCCAAAGCCGCCCGUGAUAAGACGUUCCGGGGCAAAUCGUACCAGUCGUUGGACGUGCAAUCGUUUGUCGACCCAGUGUUCGUGGCGGACCACGUCAACAAGGACUCGAGCGUUGAUACGUUUGCACACUGGAAGAAGAGCUUUGAGCCGCUGGAUCUGCAGACGUUGAUGCAGUGCUUGGUGCGGCUCAUCACGCGGUCGUCGUCGUCGUCGCUGCUCGGUCUUCGCGUGUUCGUCCAAGCGCUCACGUCCAAGCGCGAGGCGGCUGAAGACCGGGUUGAAUAUGACGAAAAGGCUCUGCUACAGGCGCGGGUGGAGUGGAAGGCGUUGCUGUCCACGGCCGUCAAGUCGGACGUGACAUCGCUCGUGUUUUGGUGCAUCAAGGAGAGCAUGGAGGAAGUGUCCAACCCGGUGAAAAGUCGGCUGGCGCUCAACUUGAUCAGCGAGUUGCUCGUCGACGGGUUCAAAGAAGCGCAGGACGCGCUGUAUGCUGGGUACGUUGGCCUCGACGACCACUUCCGGUCGUACUUGUUUGGGUUCCUCAUGUCGCACAUCACCGGCCAGUCCCACGAUGCGAGUAUCGUGUCGCUGACGCUGUUCCAGCUGCUGUGUGAAGGCCACCACACCAACUGGCAAAACAUCAUGCGCAGCGGCAAGUUCAACCGCAGCGUCCUGGACACAGUGAUCAACCUCAUGGCGCGCAUCUGCAAGCAGUCGGACAACGUGUUUGCGUUGAAAGACGUGCAAGUCAUGUCCAAAGUGCUCGCGUUUCUGAGCGAGGCCUGCCAGGGCCCAUGCCUCGAGAACCAGCAGUUCAUUGCCGAGUCGGUCGUGCCGCGCCUGUGCACGGACAUCUCACUGGGCAAACCGCAGUGCGAAAACGGCCAAUACCCGCUACACCUGGCCAAGCUGAAGCACAAUGUGAACGUGCUGCUUUUGUCCAUGGUUGAAGGCCGCGACGACACGCUUGUCCACUUGCACUAUGUGGAAUUGAUCCGUCCUCAGGACAUGUGUCGGGUGCUGACUGUGAAUCGGAAAAAGAUCAAGGACUACCGGGCAGACUACAAGUACGAGUUGGCCGACAUUGUGUUUGCCGAGUCGAUUGAACUGCUCCGGUUGGCGUACUCGUUGCUGUCCAAAGCGACCAGUCACACCGUGGACAACCUCUUCUACUUUAGCAAGGGCUGGCAUGACGCCCAGAACGAACACGUGGCCUUCUUCGCCAAGCAAACAAUCAACGUCGAAGUCGUCCGCGGCGACACGGAGAUCCAAGUGUACUUUCCACGGCCCCGCGAGUCGCGGUUCCUCAGUCCUCGGGAGCAGAAGCGGCUCAUGGACAUCAUGGAGUUUGGCGAGGAUAAUGCAUUGGCAGCGUUCACCUCCCCCGAGUCCAGGAACAUUGCCGAAGAGCUGCGCACGCGGCACAUCCUUGCCCAGAAUGCUACGUACGAGUGGAUGACCGAAAACCAAACGUUCAUUCGGCAAGCCAUGUUUGUCGUGUGCUUUUACAUCAACUUUGUCAUGGUGUUGGGGCUCGCGAUCGACCCGGACGACUCGGAGCCUGUCGUGCACAUUUACUCAUAUUGGACGCUGUCGGGUCUGGGUGGGGUGUUUUGCAUCCUCUGCAGCAGCUUGUGGCUGUACAACAUUGCCACGGAAAUGUCCUUCUCGUAUGCCCGCCAAAAGCUCAAACCAGUCAAGCUGCGUAGAAUGACCCUCCAGGACAUGACAAGUGAAGUGUGGAGUGCGAUUGCCGAAUCAUGCUACGCGAUUGGUGGGUGGGUGGCAGUGUACGCAGCCAUCACGAUGGUGUACGGGAUGGACGACUCGCUCACGUACAUCACCGCGGGCGUGUCGCUAGCGUAUGUGCUGUACAUUGUACUGCUCGCGAUUCGCAAAGUGUCUGGAAUUUUCCACUUUGCGUACAUCACCGACGACAAAGUGCGCAACCGCCAAGUGGCGAUUUCGAACGUCCUGUUCUGGUUCAAUGCGGUCGUGGACACGUUGAUCAAGGACAACGUCGUCGUGUUCACGCUGUACACGCUGUGCGCGUUCAUGGGGCUGUCCAGCGACGUGUCCAAGAGGGCGUAUGUGUACUAUGGGUUUCCCUUGCUCGACAUUUUAGCCAUCAAUGGCCGCCUAUCUAAUAUUCUCAAAGCUGUCACGUCCAACUUGGUGCCGUUGGGGGUGACCAUGGCAUUUGGGACGAUUGUGAUCUACUUGUUUUCGUUGAUCGGGUUCUUCCGGUUCCAGGAGCUCAUGACCAACGACGACGGGCCCCAGUGCUCGUCCAUGAUGCAGUGCUACCUCACGUACAUUCACUACGGGCUCUUGAGUGGCGGCGGCAUUGGCGACUACAUGUCGAGUACGUUGGCGCAUCCAUUGGAUUACUCGGACCAAGUGAGCUUCUUCGAGCGCGUCGUGUACGACUUGGGGUUUUACAUUGUCAUUCUGCUGCUGCUGAUCAACCUCAUCAUGGGUAUCAUCAUCGAUUCAUUCACGUCGCUGCGUGAAGCGUCCGAGAAGAAGCAGGAGAUCGAAAACAGCAUCUGCCUCGUGUGCAACGACACCAAGGACGACAUCGAGUACCGCGGCAUCCUCCUCGGUCUGUCCAACAGCUUCAAGAAACACAAGGAAGAAGAGCACAACCUGUGGAACUACUUGUUCUUCAUCAUGUACUUGGAGUCCAAACCCGCCACCGACCUCAACGGUACCGAAUCAUUUGUGCGCCAGAAGCUCCUGGCCAAGGAGAUGUCGUGGAUUCCCAAGAAAAAGGGCAACUCGGUGCGGGCGGCCGCGGAGGCGUACUAAAUACCUUAUGGAUCUGUACCCCCGAAAAUGUCAGUAAAAUCUGAUCGAAAUGGAUACAACUCAAUAAGGUGGUAUGAUUUCUUUUCAAUAACGCGUUCGGAUUGGUUACUUCUACUACUUCGACUUGUUUAAUUGGCUAGAACGAGAUAAUUGGACAGUUUUGACCAAUAUAAAGCGACUUGGGUACAACCUUCC